AUGUUCAUUGACAAAUCAAGUACGGUUAAUAAUUGGGCUGCAGGUUUAACAUCCAAUAAUUCAACAUUAUCGUUUGGUCGAAGAAAAAAAAUGAUUAAUUAUGCUAUUUACGAUUGUUUUUCAACAACGUAUCUUAUUCGACCAGUUUUAGAAAAGUGGACAUUCAACCAAUUAAAAGAUACAAAUAUUGUUGAAUUAUUUACAUCAUUUAAAUCAUUACCACUUCCAACAAUUAAUUCAUCAAAUAAAAAAAUAAAAUAA